AUUCUACAUCAAUACAUUAAAUCGAACUGCAGCAGCCAAAGAUUGGCUUAUCACGUGAUCGUUUCAAUUUGUACGUCGGCAGACUAGCUAUACAUCUUGGUUCGUUUACUGACAAUCAUGUCGAGCUCAUCUGGGAGAAGUAUCUCGCCUGAGGAGGGAGUGGGAGCAUGGGAGCCAGAUGAGUGGGAUGGCUCGGACUCGGUGACCUCCAGCGAACUUGAAUCAGAGGCAGGGCCCAGCAGAACAUCUAUUGAGGGGAGUGUAAACAGCGGCCUUCGUAAGAUACCUCUGGACGUUCUUGUCAAGGCACAACGUAGUGUUCAAAGAAGACUCCCAACGGAAAGCUCGAGCCUUUCACAGCCCAGUGGGUCUAGCGCAUCCCGCAAACCUCGAAAUGCAAAGGAACGCAACACAGGAGAGCAAGAUCAUCCUCUAGAACGGAGCAGCAAGAAUGCUCCGAUGGUAUUGAGCAGUAAACGACAGACAAGCCGAGCACGGCAAGUAGUAGAUCUGCCUUCAUCUUCGUCACGGGAUCCAAGAUUUGCCUCGGAACCGAGUCAAUCAGUCUCCCGAUCCAUCGUACCCUCGGUACUUCGAAGUGAAUUCGACGAGAUUUCGCGGGCCUUGGCGGUGGCCAGACGAGCAGAGAAGACGUGCCCCUUGGUAGAGAAGCACAAGUGGAGUGAAGAGUGUGAGAGAUUGGACAGGGCUCAUAAUCGAGUCAGAUCCCGUCUCGACACCAUAGAGCAGGACGAGAGGGACAGGGCAGCACUGAGUGAGGCCCGCAAAGAAGAGAGGGAAAAGCAAAAGGCUGGGAAAGCUCCCUGGUAUUUGAAGAAAUCCCAGCGCAAAGAUAUUCUUCUGCACGCUCGUUUCAAGGCGUUGGAGGAAAAGGGAGGGAAAAGAGCGGUGCGGAAAGCUGUCGAAAAGAAGCGGAGGCAAGUUGCUGGCAAGGAGAAGAAGAGUCGUCCGGACGCUCGCGCUCGCCGACAGUAGCAUG